AUGCGGUGGCGGCUGCCGGGCGUCCGUUCGACACUGCCCGCCAGUGUCGCACUCCUCCUUCUCCCAACUCUGGUUGCUCCGCUGCAGCAAUCAGAUGCCCAUGACCCUAUUUCCCAAGUCUCUGUGCCACCAGCACAAGAGUCAUCAAAACAACAUGCGGCCCAUGUGGCCGCACCAUUCAUCGUGAAACCCAACGAUGCGAGCGCCCUUGCUACUCUGGCUCUGGCAGGCUCCGGCCGUGCCGUUCGAGCCCCUCCUGUCCAAGCCAGCAGCACAUCUGCGGGCUUGGCUUCGCAGCUUCACGCGCGGUCCUUGCAGGACUGGGAGGUUGAGGAUUUUGUGCUGCUGGCGACCGUCGACGGAACGAUUCACGCCCGUGAUCGGAAGACCGGGACUGCUCGCUGGGCCCUCGAGGUCCCGAGUAGUCCUGUGGUCGAAAGCAUCUACCACCGAGCGAAUCGUUCCAGUUUUGACGAUACACAGCCCGAAGACGACUUCUUAUGGAUCGUCGAACCGAGCCAAGAUGGCAGCCUAUAUAUAUACAGCCCCGCUCCAGACGCCGGCUUGCAAAAGCUCGGAUUAACUGUGAAGCAGCUUGUUGACGAAACCCCUUAUUCCGGCACCGAGCCCGCUGUGACCUAUACCGCCCGGAAAGAAACUACAUUGUACACCAUUGAUGCCCGGACUGGCAGCAUUUUGCGAGUGUUUAGUUCCCGUGGUUCGAUUACCGCUGCACCGGAAUGCCGGAAGGUGAACGGAGAAGAUUUGGACUCCGAUGAGUGCGAAUCGACAUCUGGUACUUUGGUUCUUGGUCGGGUUGAAUAUGCCGUCGCCAUACAAAAUACGGAGACGGGAGAUCCAAUUUGCACCCUGAAAUACUCCGAGUGGGCACCAAACAACCGUGAUAUGGACCUACAGAGCCAGUACUACAGGACAAUGGAUGAAAGCCACAUUUACAGUAUGCAUGAUGGUGUUGUGCUGGGAUUCGAUCACUCACGCAUGGAUCGGCCCCGCUAUACCCAGCGCUUUUCAUCCCCUGUGGCGCGAGUCUUUGACGUGGUUCGUCCUAACAACAAAGAUGCACCAGAAGCCUCGACCCCGCUGGUCCUGCUCUCACAACCUCUUCAGCCACCAGAUCCGGAUUAUGGAUCUCUUGGCGAUGAAAGGGACAUGCGCGUAUUCAUCGAUUGCACCGAGGCAGGGGGCUGGUACGCCUUUUCAGAGGAAACCUAUCCCCUGGCCACCGGUCGCGCCCCAAUGGCUCAAUGCUAUGACAAAGACUUCUUCCGCCAGGGGCAAGCACUUAUGAGUCUGUCUGCCCGUCAACAGCGGAAUGCAUUGGCCGGUGUUCACUCUCUCACUGGCCCUCGGAUCAUCCGUCCGCAUAUUCCUAGAAUCGCCGGGUCGUCAACUUCGGAACUCUCAAAUGACACACCACGAGAUAUCCUUCGUAGUCCUUCUGAGCUGGCUUUGCCUCCCGCCUUGCGAAAUAGCGCCAUAAUCCGCAAGAGCUGGGACAAUGCUUUGGAUAUUGUCGUGACGUUGAUUUUACUGUUCGUCUGUACAUUCAUCUACUUCAACUCGCACCACCUUCGCGAUUUGGCUAAGCAAAAAUUGGACAUCAAGAAUAUCAUCAACUCAAACGAUAAGCCUUCUCUCUCGACCCCUUCCACGCCUGUUGUCGGCGGUGCCCCGGAUAUCAAGCGUGCAUCUACGCCAACUCAACAAGUUCCUAAUGUCACGGUAAGUUUAGACUUGGACGAUGCGUCACCAGAUGGUGGAUCAACCCCGCGUGCCUCGCGAGACCACGCCUCAGACUCCACACCGCGGGUGCAGAUUCGUGAGCCGUCACGUGGGCCUGAUGACGAGGACGCCGACGAGGCUGGAAAACCAAAGAAAAAGCCCCGCGCUCGUGGCUCUCGGGGAGGAAAGUCUCAUCGCCGCCGCAAGAAGCCUGGCAGUGAGGGUGAUAGCCCCGAAGGAGCUGAUCAGAUGGUGCGGACGGUUUCGAACGAGAUUAUGGAGAUGGAUGGCGUUGUUCGUAUCGGCCGGCUUCAGGUUUUCACUGAUGUUGUGCUUGGACAUGGCAGCCAUGGCACCGUUGUUUACCGCGGUUCGUUCGAUGGAAGAGAUGUUGCGGUCAAGCGUAUGUUGAUGGAAUUCUAUGACAUUGCAUCCCACGAGGUGGGCCUAUUGCAGGAAAGUGAUGACCACCAUAACGUGAUCCGAUACUUCUGUCGUGAGCAAGCCACCGGGUUCUUGUAUAUUGGCCUCGAACUUUGUCCAGCAUCUCUUCAGGAUGUGAUUGAGCGGCCCAUCAGCUACCCGGAACUAGUCCAAACCGGCCUAGAUCUGCCCGACGUACUACGGCAGAUCACCCAGGGUGUCCGUUACCUGCACUCUUUGAAGAUCGUCCACCGUGAUUUGAAGCCGCAGAACAUUCUCGUCGCUAUGCCGCGUGGCCGCAGUGUUUUGCGGUCAUUGCGACUCCUUAUCUCCGAUUUUGGCCUGUGCAAGAAGCUUGAAGACAACCAAAGCUCGUUCCGGGCAACCACCGCCCAUGCCGCUGGAACUUCGGGCUGGCGUGCUCCUGAACUCCUCGUGGAUGAUGACGGUCCUAUGUCUCUCGCAUCGCAGCACACCGAGUCCUCGGAGCCCGCUGUGGUGGACCCGCAGACAAACCGCCGCGCUACUAGGGCCAUUGACAUCUUCUCACUGGGUUGUGUGUUCUACUACGUCUUGACCCAUGGCAGUCAUCCAUUCGACAAGAAUGGCAAGUUUAUGCGCGAGGCGAACAUUGUCAAAGGCCACUUCGAUUUGGAGGAAUUAAAUCGCCUAGGCGACUACGCUUUUGAGGCGGAUGAUCUGAUCCGCUCGAUGCUGUCUCUAGACCCUCGCCAACGUCCUGAUGCAAGCGCUGUAUUGAUGCACCCAUUCUUCUGGCCUCCAUCAGACCGUCUGACCUUCCUCUGCGAUGUAUCCGACCACUUCGAAUUCGAGCCCCGCGAGCCUCCAUCGGACUCGCUGCUUUGCCUGGAAUCAGUGGCUGAGCGGGUAAUGGGUCCUGAAAUGGAUUUCCUACGCUCAUUGCCACGAGACUUUAAAGACAAUCUCGGUAAGCAGCGCAAGUACACCGGAGGACGAAUGCUGGAUCUCUUGAGGGCUCUUCGCAACAAGCGCAAUCACUACAAUGACAUGCCUGAUCAUCUUAAGGAUAACAUUGGCGGCUUGCCCGAGGGAUAUCUCAAUUUCUGGACAUACAGGUUCCCCAGCUUGUUGAUGAGCUGUCAUGCGGUCGUUGUUGAGCUGGAUUUGACUCGCAAUGAUCGCUUCAGGAGGUAUUUUGUCCCACCCGAAUAG